UAACCGUUUCCAGAAAUCUUCUUCUCUGGAAUCCAUCCAUUGGAAAGUUCAGAAACUUGCCGUCGUUGGAAGAUCAACGCUUCUCCGUCGUUACCUCGGAGUUCGACUCUAGGGUUCAUACUUUGGGAUCUGAUUCGUGGAGAAGGAUUUAGCACUUUUUUUCCCCUCCAAAACACACCAAAAAGGCAAAAUCCUAGCAAUAAUUGACUGCAUUGAGCUCGGUAGUUAGCCGCCCACGGAAUUUAAAGAACCUAAAGGAGAAGGAAGGCUAAACCACUCAACUGGACAAACGCUGCGUCUUUCUCCUCUAUGGAAGUUCUUUGAAUGCCCCUUUCGCUCUCCGUCGUCGAGCCCUGUCCAGCCAUCGUCGUCCAGCGCCUCUCCCUUUCUGGCAGCCACCGCGUCUUCCUCCACUCCUCCCUGCACUCUGCCACUCUCUGUCUGCAUCAUCAAGAAUGGAGACUCUGCCACUCUAAUUGAUUCCUAAACUCAAUGUAAAUAACAUGAACCAUAGAACUGAGACUCUAAAUCUAUGUCUAGUUGAAUUGGAAUCAAUUGUGUUUUCUUUUGUUUGCCAUGAUUGGGACUUCCCUUCACAGUCGAAGCCGUCAUAUCAACAACAUGAAUCUCAUAAUUUAGGGGACAACCCUACAAUUAGGAAGGGAUUGGAGGCAAUCACUAGUUCCCUUAAUCACUUAGGUGACACCUUUGAGAAGGCUUUUGAGGAAGGCCGAAUGAUCGUGGAGAGCAAGACAGCAGAACUGAAGACUCAAAUCCGGCUUAAAGGAAGUCACGAGGACAAUGAAUCACAACUCAAGGCAUCUCGAGAAGUAUUGCCAACUAUGUAAUCGUGUGUUCUUGCUUCACUAAGUGAAGGCACAGACUGUAUAAGCUAUAUCAGAGAUGUUAAUAGAUUUUUUUAGUUUGAAUAAGAUGGUUCUAUGCAGAUCAGUAAUGACACAUUCAACCAUUAUAAGAUCAUAAGAAAAAUCUUUGAUAUACCCCUCUGUUAAGGCUGUGAAGGAAAUUCUUAGAGGAUGUGAUGAAUGUUUCAGCAUUGAGUGGAUGGAAAUAUUGGAAUUCAAGAACAUGGUGUCAUUGCCAACUGUGUAAAUAUUUGUUUCAUGGUUCAGAGCUGCACUGCAAGGGAUGAUUGAGAAACACUUUGGAGCAGAAAUAGUUGAUGAGCUUUUCGAACGCUUUGCCGAGAAAGUUAAAGAAUUUCCAGACAUCAUGGACACAGAUAAACUAAAACUUGAUGUGCUGUUUGUUCUUCUGAGGAGAAAGAACAAGGCAAGGCCAUAGGCUGUGUUAUUCAAUGUGAACAUCAUCAGGUUUAAUUAGUAAAUGGGGAUAUAAUAAAGAGUUGGUUCCAUUCUUGUACUACUAAUUAUCUUAAACUGGAUAUUAAUGCUAUAUUUGAAUUUUGCUUAAAUAUCUAAUGGUUUAUU